AAAUAACCUGCAACCUGUCUUGGAUUUAAUCAAAAUUUCAGUAAUUUUGAAUUUCAUCAAUAAAGUAUUAUUUUAAAUUAAAAAAAUGGACAAUAAAACAAGAAGAGAGAGUACUUUUGCACAUAAAAAACAAAUGGAAGCACCUUUGACUUGGGAAGCACCACCUUAUUGUGAGAUUAUAGAUUUAAAGGAAAAUUAUUAUGAGGAAGUGCUUCGAUUAAUAAAACACCACUACUUGAAAGAAGAUCCGAUGUGUAGAUCUGUAAAUUUACUAAAAGAUCACGAGUCGAAACAACAAUACCUGGAUUUAAUAAAAAUUUGGAUGAAAGACAGUACUAGUUUGAUAGCAAUCAGUAAAUCAUCUGGAAGAGUUAUAGGCACUAUCAUUGCUAGAAUCAAUAGUUUAUUAGAUAAAACCAAUACAUACAGUAGAGUACAAAUAUUCCAAGGAAAAGCUUUGGAAUUAAUUAUGAGUUUAAAAAGUGCCCUAGUUCUCCAAGCUGAUGCCUACAGUCUAUUUGAGGUCGAUAAAUAUCUCCGAAUUUAUAUUCUCUGUGUGCAUCCUUCCUACGAAAAUAAUGAUUUAGGUGCAGAAUUGUUAUUUUCUUCUUAUCAAGUAGCAAUGAGUCUGCAACUGGUAGCAAUCGCAGGAAUUUUCACUUCUGCCAAAAAUCAAAAAACAGCUUCAAGGGUUGGAUUUAAAAAAGUGACAGAAAUUAAAUACAGUACUUGGAUAGUCAAUGAGGAAAUUGUUUUUAACAAUUCAGGAAUCGGCAAUUAUUCUGCUGCUUUUAUGGGAAAAAUAACACCUGAUGAAAAUUGUCAAGAAGAAAUUUUAGAAAGUAGACGAAGAUUUUGGGAGCAGGAAGAAGAAAAUAAAAAAAAACAUAAAACGAAAAAUCGAAAUAACUGUGGAAAUUUUCUCUACGUCACAACAUUUCACAGGAAGACUGAUUUUUUCAGCUCUGAUUAUGUGUUAUCUGGCAUGACGCCACCAAAGCAUUUCCGCUGCGAUGCGAUACAAUAA